CCAGCCGGAAGUGUAUAGAAGAACUAGAUUGAACGGGGCGCGAAACCAUAACAAUCAGAUCCGCAGAACUCAAAUUAUAUGCUGAAUCCCCGCUUGUUCUACUGAAACUUUUUGCCACGUUAGUUUGUUGAAAUGUGUGAAAAAAGCAAAAAGGUCAGCCAGUGGCUCACCUCUGUCUUUGGAGAUCAACCGGUUCCUCAAUAUGAGGUCAACACACGAACUGUGGACAUACUAUACGAGCUCGCUGUAGCAAGUGAGAAAAGAUGCAACGAGACAGCUUUGCUCAUUGAGGACCACAAACAGAAAGCCUCUGAAUAUCAGGCUGAUGCCGCCCAUCUCCAGGAUGUUGUUUUACAAGGAGUAGGCCUGUCUGCAGGAAGUUUGUCCAAACCUUCAUCUGACUACCUGUCUGCCUUAGUGUCCAGUGCCAUGGUGCUUGGAAUCAAAGACACUUCUCUCGGAAGCUUUAUUCCUGCAAUGAAUAAUUUGACCAACGAGCUCCUGGAAGCUGAGAAGUACGACAGGAAACUUGACCGAGAGCUCAAAGCAGUCAGGAAAAGACUAGCAGACACUUUGGUUCUACGGAAGACUUUACAGGAGGACCUGGACAAAACAAAGGAUGCUCAGGCGAUAGAGUCCGCCAAGGCAGAGGAGAGGCUGCUGAACAUGGAUUUUGUCAAAGCAAAAUCCAAAGAUCUGUCAUUCCGGAACAAUAUGUCCGCGGAUCAGCUUGCAAAGAGGCACAUGGAGAAUCGUCUCUCCCACCAGUCACUGAUGGAGCUUUCAGAGGAGGUUGCCACGUUGAAACAGGAAAUUGUGCCUUUGACAAAGAAGCUGGAACCUUAUAGAGACUUGAGCCCUAAUCUCUCUCUUGCACAAGUGAAGAUUGAAGAGGCAAAGAGGGAAUUGGCUGCCAUUGAUGCUGAACUCGAGGCGAAGGUGGACUUCAUGAAUGCGUCCAUACCUAAAGGAAGACCCUUGUAAUGACGAGCCUGUUGAUUUUAAAUAGUGAAAUGCUUAUUGAAGCAAAUUAAACCUAAUGGACACUCAGCUUAUGUAUGUUGAUGUCCCUAUGUAUGUUUCCCAUGACUAAUAAAGCAUUCUUAUUUUAUGUU